GGCGACAUCAAGAACGGGACCAUUCUUCGAUUAGCAAUUUCUCCUGCUCGUGCUGCUCGCCAGCUCCUGGAGAGGAUCCAGUCCCAUGGCAUCGAUGCUCGCCUCGAGGCUCUGAAGGAGCUCGCCAAGCUCUCUGCAGAUCCAACCUUUGCUGCAGAGUUCAUCAACAUGGAAGGCAUUGGGACGCUGGCUCGUCUUGUGGAGAGCGGCACUCACUUUGGUGAAAUGUUGGCCUUCACUCUCACUGCCUUCCUGGAACUAAUGGAUCAUGGCAUUGUGUCCUGGGACCUUAUCUCAUUGUCCUUCAUCAAGCAGAUUGCGGGCUACGUCAACCAGCCGAUGGUGGACGUGUCCAUCCUGCAGCGCUCCUUGGCCAUCCUCGAGAGCAUGGUUCUGAACAGCCAUAGCCUCUACCAUCGGGUGGCACAGGAGAUCACCGUGGGACAGCUCAUCGGGCACUUGUCAAACCAGGAGAUCCAGACGUACGCCAUCGCUCUCAUCAAUGCUCUCUUCCUGAAGGCACCAGAGGACAGACGGCAGGAGGAGUAUACUAACCCGCUGGAGCAGCACCUCACCGAAAUGGCAAGCUCUUUGGCUCAGAAACACCUGCGCUCCAUCAUCCUCAAUCACGUCAUCAGAGGAAAUCGACCAAUCAAAGCAGAAAUGGCACAUCAGUUAUAUGUGCUGCAGGUGUUGACUUUUAACCUUUUGGAAGAACGGAUGAUGACAAAAAUGGAUCCUAAUGACCAGGCUCAGAGAGACAUCAUUUUUGAGCUACGCAGAAUUGCCUUCGAUGGAGAAAACGACCCCACUGGCACAGAGAAAAGAAAGGCCAUGUACACCAAGGACUACAAGAUGCUGGGCUUCACUAACCACGUGAACCCAGCUAUGGACUUUACCCAGACGCCACCAGGGAUGCUGGCUCUGGACAACAUGCUGUAUCUAGCCAAAGUUCACCAGGACACGUACAUCAGGAUUGUUCUGGAGAACAGCAGCCGAGAAGAUAAACACGAGUGUCCUUUUGGCCGCUGUGCCAUCGAACUUACUCGAAUGCUGUGUGAGAUACUCCAAGUUGGAGAACUGCCUAAUGAAGGCUGCAACGAUUAUCAUCCCAUGUUCUUCACCCAUGACCGGGCAUGGGAGGAGUUCUUCUGUGUCUGCAUCCAGCUGCUUAAUAAAACUUGGAAGGAGAUGAGAGCCACAGCUGAGGACUUCAACAAGGUGAUGCAAGUGGUCCGUGAGCAGAUCACCAGAGCUCUGGCCAUGAAACCAUCGUCCAUAGACCAGCUGAAGACUAAGCUGCGAGGCCUCAACUAUUCAGAGAUUCUGCGUCUGCGGCAGUCAGAACGAAUGAGCCAGGAUGAUUUCCAGUCUCCACCCAUCAUUGAGUUGCGGGAGAGAAUUCAGCCCGAGAUCUUAGAGCUCAUCAAGCAACAGCGACUCAACCGGCUGUGCGAGGGAAGCUGCUUCCGUAAACUGGGCAACCGUCGAAGGCAAGAAAAGUUUUGGUUCUGCAGACUCUCUCUGAAUCACAAAGUGCUGCACUACGGGGACUUGGAUGAGUCACCUCAGGGUGAAGUGCCUUUUGAGCUACUCAGUGACAAGAUCCCCGUCUCUGACAUUAAGUCUGUGGUGACAGGGAAGGACUGCCCUCAUAUGAAGGAGAAAAGUGCUCUAAAACAGAACAAGGAGGUGCUGGAGUUGGCCUUCUCUGUCCUCUAUGAUCCCGAUGAAACACUUAAUUUUGUUGCACCCAACAAAUACGAGUAUUGUAUCUGGACUGAUGGGCUGUGUGCGCUGCUGGGCAGAGAGAUGGGCAGUGACCUGACACGCAGUGACCUAGAUACUCUCAUCAGCAUGGAGAUGAAGCUCCGCCUCCUCGACCUUGAGAACAUCACGAUCCCGGAAGCGCCGCCUCCUGUGCCAAAGGAGCCUAGCUCAUAUAACUUCACCUACAACUACAGCUGAGAUGUGUGCGUGCGUGCGUGUGUAUGUGUGUUUGCAAUGCAUGCAUGUGUUUGUCAAGGACGAGUAUGCUCAAUUUUUUGAUGAAUUUAGCAAAUAUGUGGAAAAGGCUACUUUGAUUUUUUUCUUUUUUUUUUUUUUUCUUUAAACAUUUCAGAACCUUGGAGGCUUGUACUUGUUUGUGACGCUGGAUAGGAAAGAUGUGUUUUAUCGCCUGAUAGAGAGGUCAGAAGUCAGGGUUUGGUAGAGAAAUGUUCUCCUGGAAGAGCUGAAAGAGAUGAAAUGAGAGAAUCUCAUCUAUCGGAGCGUUUCAAGCAGACUGCAGAUUUUCUCUUCUUGUUAUUUGCCAUAUAAAGGUGGACAUGAACAAAGAUGAAAAGAUCAAAAUCUACAAAUGAAUGUUUACAUUUUAGUCCAACUUGAAGCAUGAGACACUUGCCGUUUCCACGGCAACUAAGAACGAAGUAGCCAGUUUGAAAUACUGUGUUCACUCCGAUACUGCCUGCUACUCCAUGUGUACAGAUGUACAGUACAGUGUAAUCACUUCCACACCGUGCUCCUCAUCGUGGUCUUAUUAAUAUUAAUAUAUCUCAUAUGCAAUGGAUUAAUUUAAAAAGGAUUAGACAUGUGAGAAAGCUUGAGAUGUAAGAUGUAUAGAGCAGAAGCAGGUAAUGUGUAACUAUGUUCCCUUACACUUUGUUUUGUUUGUCAUACAUGGGACAAAACGUUUAUCAGUAGGAAUUAUAGCUUUCCAGAGUCCAAAUGAUAAUAUAGAAAAACGAUGGUGAGGUGUAACUAAAUUUAAAAAAUGUUAUUAUAAAAGACCAGAAAACUGACGAAUGGUUACAUUUGGGAAGUUGGAAUAUUUGCAUUUAAGCAUUUUCUUUUUCUUAAGGGUGUCAGGUGAUUAAUUAUUCAACCAGCCAUUUCAGCUCCACACAUGAUGAUACAGUCAUAUGUCUGUUGUGGCUUCAGUUAACUGAGUAGCAUUGAUGCUGCUUCUUUCUUCACACCACUACACUCUUUCCAUAGGCCUGUUACACAGUGUGAACGUACUCUACCAUAUAAAGGAUUAAUGAAAUUGUUUAAGUGUUUCUUGCCAAAUGUAGGUGUCUGUAAGUGUGUGUCUGUGUGUGCAGAUUUUUUAGGUCUGUGUGUGUUUUUUUUAUGUGGAGAGACUGAGGGCAAAAUCUCUAUAUUUAAGGUCACGCUGCUUGUUAAAGUCGGGGUCAAAGCCCUGACAUCAAACACAAUUAAAAGACAUAAAUCAUGUGAACUUUUUUUCAAUCAUACUCACUGCAUUGCCUUAUCACACGCUCAUAUGUUGAUAAUGAAACACUACAACACACUAAGAUAUGCUUAUAUAUCUGCUCAUAUGAAGAGUUCAUAAGUGUUGUAUAAGCAAAUAAUUAUUUAUAGACACAAUAUAACACACUUCUAAUACUAUUUCAUGUCCACAUAUGUUAAUAGUUACAAUACUGUGCAAAGGUCUUGAGCCAUCCCUCACUUCUUUAUAUGGACCCAGACUUGCGAGUCAUUUUUAAAGUGGUCUUGAGCAAUAGUUCUCCAUCCUUUCUAUCUUUGUCUUUUUGUUAAUUUUCAGUCCAGUUCUUGCAUGUGAACAUUUUCAAAGGAAUGUUUUCUUGUUGUUUGUGAAGCCACUUAACACCAACUUUUGAAUAAUUUACUCAUAAACAUAAAUAAGUCCUAACUCAAGGGAUAAACCAGUAUUGUGUCUACAUAUAACAGACAGCUUAACAAAAAAAAUCAAAAACAUGUUUAUUCUCAAAAAGCUAUUCGCCCCCAAAAUUGGCAUAUUUCAGCAUGGUACAGUGUGCAUUCUUAAAAGGACACUGGAUAACAGCAGGGGCAGGCCAAAAAAACCCCAAAACUGUCUACAGCAGAUCAACAAUAUGUGAAACUCAUGCCCGUAAGAAAUAAAGAUUAAACAAAAAUAAGUCCUGUAAAGACCGCACACCUCUAUUGAUCCAUCUACUGUUCACUGAAGCCUCAAUAGCAACUUAACGGCCAGUGGUGGUUCAAAUAUUUGUCACUAUAUAUGGUUGAGGUCAGAACAAAGACACAACAGUGAGUAUGGGUGAAGUGUUGGGAUCUUAUUUCUGAAGCACGAGUGGAGAAAAGUACCGUCAGAUUUUGAUCCACCAUGCAGUACCAUCUGGAAAAUACCUGAUUUGACUCAUUUUUCAUUAUUACAUUGAUCCCAAACACACUGCCAAUGCAGUAAAAGCUUUGAUGGAAAAAACUUUAAUGGAAAAAAAAACCCUGUGAAACACUCAGUCAUGGAUUGGCCUACCCAGAGUCUGGACCUCAACAUUAUUAAAGCCCUGUGGGAUCAUUGUGAAAGAUAAUGAAACAAAAACCAGCCAACAUCCAACCAGAACUUUGAAUUACCUUCAUGAAGCCUGGAGAACUAUUACAGAAGCUCACUUAAAGAAAUUACCAGUAAGAAUUUCUAAGAGAUUUCAUACAGUGUAAAAGAAUAAAGGUGAUCAUACCAAAUAUUGACUUUAAAGCUUGUUAGAAUUGUACAAACCCUGUUUUUGCUUUACAUGAUGAAUUUCCAUGUAUGUUUGCACAGGUUUUAAAUCACUUCUUUCCCAUAUUGCAAUAUAAAAAAACGAGUGCUCUAAGACUUUCAAACAGUAUUGUACAAAGUGGAUUAUAAAUCCUCCAAUUACUGUUUACAUUUAGUGUGUAUUAUAUUGAAACUAUCAGAUUAUCUAGGCUAACACUUAUGUUAUACUGUGUUGCUAAAAUGUUUUCAGUGUCCUAGUUGGUGACAAAGACUUUAGUUAACACUUAAAUCAGCUACAGCUCCAUUAUAAUUUGUUAUAAAUAGUUUAUUGAUUUACUGUUAAUGCAGUAAAUACAUACAGUUAUUAAGAACUUUAUUUGGAAAGUUCAUCCUACAGAGUGUUAAAAAAGUGUGAACAUAUAAGUCAUGAAUUAAUCAGCAUUUGGAGCUUUGAUUUCCAAAUUUUUUAUCAAGCAGUGCAAAGGCAAGCAGGAAAAACGAGAGGACAUAAAACACAAUCAAAUGCACAGAAGGAGACUAAAACAGAGCAGCAUCUAGUUCUGCUCAUAUAUCAUAGUGAAGUAUGGAGCAUUGUGUGUGCUUUGUACACAGUGGUAAUAAUUACAGUAUUGUUGCUUGAUGUCAUUUUCUAAUUUCCACAUAGUUUCUGGUUCAAAACUUUGUCUUCUGAACCAGAACUAAUUACUUGUGUCAUUUGUUAAUGCAGAGUAGAAUUAUAUUUUUGUAACUGAUCGUACGAUUUUGUCAGUCUUGAAGAGAAUGGGAACUAACAGUGGCAUUUUCACUUCACGUCAGUGGGUGGGGGUACAUUCAGCAUGCUCACGUCACACUGAAAACACCUCACAUAAUUUAGGACACCAACUCCAGCAACUUCUUAUGAUGUCAGCUUGUGAAGAGGUUUACAUUUGAAAUUUUUUCUUGUUGUUUUUUGUUUGUUGUUUUUUGACUGAUGCUGAAGGAUUAACGGGUCAAUUUCGCUGGUUAGUGUUACGUUGAGCCAAAGAGUUCAAUUCGAGGCAACUAAUGAAAACACAAGAACGCAGGCAAACUACUAAAAGAUUUUUCAGCAUUUAUCAACGUGAGAAAACAACCACAUGCUGAAAUGCCGUCAGAAUAAAUGCAGAAACCUGGAUAUAAACAGAAUAUGAAACUGUGACACAACUUAAAAGACACUAACAUCAUCUUUCACCUUCAAAAGCGACAAGCUACGGUAUGCUCAUCAAUAUUUAAUGAUCCCUAAAAAGAUUUUCAUUGUAUUUGCAGCGACUUCUGUGUAUCCUAAUGCAUGAAUAAUUGCUAUCAUUUUUAUUAUUUUUUGCUAAAUCUGUUGUCAGAUUUGAAUAUUUGAUGAAUAUUUUCUAAAGUUGCUCCAAAGUAAGUUGCAGUAUUUUGAGCUCUCUGGGCUUCCGUACACUUUUUUUUAUUUCAGAAAGUAAAUGGACCAUUAAGCUGUGUUCAGAAAUCAGCUCAAACAGGUUGGCAACGACAACAUAUUACAGGAAGUAAAGGAGCAUUGCGUUGGAUGUACAGUUUGACUUUGAGGUUUUUGCAUCUGGCUCUCUUUUACAUGACUUGCUAAACUAUUUAUUUACACUUGGUAGUGACAGUAAAGAAUGACAAAGUAACAUAAAUUUAAAACAUGGUAUACAUAUGAGUCAUUGUAUGUAUAUACAGUAUUGUGUUGCCUUAUUGAAGAAAUGUAUUAUGUUUUGUGUGAAUAAAUGCAAACUAACUACUGAUGAAA